AUGUCUACUUCUACAACUUCUUCAAACCGCUUCUCUUUGGUUGAAAACUGGGAUACUGAGACUCUCAUUAUUUUCUUACGUGACCUGGACAUAAAUCUUGACGAUGAUGAUUUCAAGAUCCUUCCCUCGCAGGAGAUCCUUGAAGUUGUUAGAGAUCUCUUACUUAAGAAAAAGGUCAAUGGGAAAAAAGGUUGCAAACCUUUAGCUGAUACUUCUAACUUACAAGAAGAGGUAGUAAAGAAGCCAGUCCCUCCAAAAUCAGAUUUGUUAAUUUCUUCCGUUCCUGUUGUUAAAAAAUGA